AUGUGGUUCACAGCGGUCUCUACGUUACAGCGCGCAUUCACCUCACACCAUGAGAAGAGGAAGGUUCGAGAUAAGCUAGGCGAUUGGAGUUUGCUGCAAUACCGGUCUCGCUUCCGUUUCUUUCGCGCAAGACCAUAUCUUCUUAAGUCCAUCUUACCGCCAGCGAUGUCCUUUACCUUCAUUCGCAAGCAAGUACAAGCUAAACUGAAGAAGUCUCUUUACCACCCAUGCCAGAUCCGGGACUUCAUGGAAAUGCGCUGGACUCUCUUGCUGCUCAUCACUCUUUUCCGCACCAUGGCCGCCGAACGCGUUACAGAUAAAGAUACAUGGGUCCGCAGGAUCCUCGAGACCGCUGGAACAGAAGCUACCGAUGGUGCAGUGCGAGUACGAACUGGACGAAUCGUCGCCGACAUCGUCGCCACCAGCCAGUGGGGGUUGCAGAGGACGACAAGCACCGAGCUUCACGACGUGGACCUCACGAUCGACGCCAUCUUCGCUGGAGUCGUGCAGUGGACCCGCGAAGUCAACCGCCUUCUCGACCAAAAAGUCUCCCUCGCCGACCAAAAGAAAUACAAUGUCGAAGAAGCAUGCUCAUCCAGUGAAGAGGAGGAAGAGUCCGACAAUGAACCGAUCGAGAACUACGAGCCAUCCGACAAGGAAAAUCAGUCACCCACCUCGAACAACAGCAACAGUCCUCACUCCCGAAACAAGAAUAAGAACAGCAAAGACAAGAAGACUCCCAACAUCUGCUACUGGACCCGCGAAGAGACUAUCGCUUUGCUGAAGCAGUACCGCGACGCUCCACUCGAUGUACACGGCAGACCAGCAACUCACCAGCAAGUUGCGGACUGGCACAACGAGGAUUGGUUUCCAGAUGGGGCGCACAAACGGACGAAGGUGGCGUUACAGCAGCAAUUGAAGGCGUUGGUGAGGAGUGAUCGGACGCUUAUUCCGGCAAAGAUCAAGGAGUUGGAGGACGAAUAG